UACCAGACAAGCCCACUGCACGCACCCAAGAGAGACGAAGGAAAACCAGAACGUUGAAAGGGGGACUGUUUUUUACGUCGCUUUAUCGCUCAGAGAAGCUCCAGAGUGACGAGAGAUCUUCUCAGAUCGGAGAACCACUAUGCGAGGAAUGUGAAGUAAUCAGUGGAGGGGGUGGGAAUCGAUUUGGUUGGUUUCAGAGUUUAAUGGGGAGAGAAGUUGAUGAACUUUGUAUGGAUAAGGAGUCUGAUUGUGCCAUAGUUUAUUCAAAUGGUGAUGCACAUAAUACAUAUGAUGCAACUACUCCUAAGCACAAUGGUUUUACAGAGCCUGAUGAGCAUAUUAAUGGGGAUGCCAAACCUUCAAUUCCAGAGGAGAAGAUUGAAUUGAAAGAUUAUGAAGUUAAGGAGUGCACAACAGAAAGCCCAAUUGAGAUCACUGAGCUUUAUCAAGUUGAAAAUGGUCACAACGAGGAGCAAGAUGUACUUUGCGAUAGAAGCACAAACGUUGAGGCUGGCUUGUCUGAUGAGGGAACAGUUGAAUCUGAAUCCCAGAAGGCAACCGAUGCCAAAAAGUUGUCUUCUCCUGUGAAGCCAGGAUCAAAAUCUGCUGCUGCUGGGAAUACUCGAAUAAACUGUACUGUUCCUCAGCCAUUUUCUUUGGCAACUGAUAAACGUGCUUCAAGUGGAACUCGUCCUGUUGGGGCUGAAACUGCUGCUGCCUCUGUUGGUAUAAAUAAACCAUCAAAUGCUAACAAUAUACAUUCUCCCAGUACUUCAAAGAAGCCUCAGCCUAGUACAUCUUUGAUAUCAAGGAAGCCACUGCAACCUGAUAAUAAAAAGCAUAUUGAUGAAGAAGAUGCUUGUUCUGUUGCUUCCUCUACUGCAGCAUCUGUUCGAGCAUUAAAACCCAGGGCAACCAUUGCAUCAGCUCCUAAAUUCCGAUGCACUGAGCGUGCUGAGAAACGGAAGGAGUUUUACUCAAAGUUAGAGGAGAAACACCAGGCCCUGGAGGCAGAGAGAACCCAAGUUGAAGCUAGGACUAAGGAGGAACGAGAGGCAGCUAUAAAGCAACUGAGGAAGAGUUUAAUGUUCAAAGCAAACCCUAUGCCAAGCUUUUAUCAUGAGGGACCUCCACCCAAGGUUGAACUUAAAAAGCCACCUCCAACUCGAGCAAGAUCACCAAAGCUGGGUAGACGGAAGAGUUGCAGUGAUGCUAUCAACUCAUCUCAGGGAGAAAGUGCUUGUGGCCGGGUUACCCGUCAUAGUCUGGGUAGUCACAAAGAGGAUACCACCACUACAACUACUAACAACAAAUACCAGAUCAGCUGUAAAAAUGCUAACACUUCUAAAGUUAAAGAUGGGCCCAAACAGGUGAGAGAAGCGACCAAGUCUGCUCCUCCCAAUAUUGCUGAGCAGAGGAAUGUAGACAUAGCAGUCCAAUCGUGAGUUUCUUGAUAUCUUGGCUAAUUUAAAAAAGCAAAAAAAAACCAGUUUCUUUUCUUUUCGUUCUGAGAAAAAGAAAUGUAAUCUUCCCACAUUUGCAAGGACUUGUUGCAGCAGUCUGUGUGAUAUAGUGUAAAUCAUUUGUAAGUUAUUACCUUAUAUAUAUAGAUCUCCCAUUUUACUGGACA